UGAAGGGUAGAGAGUCACAGAACAAGUUCUGACCUGCAGAGGGAAAGGGAAGCGAGCGAGAGAGAGAAAGGCAGAGGCAGAUACGUGGGUCGACUGGAACGUGCCAAUAAAGAUCAUCGCACAGCACAAACCUGCCAGGGGACACUCCACUCCAGGGGGAGGUUACAUCAAAAUUCAAGGGCACGCCGACCACAAACACUCCACACAGGGAGGAGAAAAUGCAGGAAUUUCAGCCACGUUCGGAAGAACCUGCUCGCUGGACUAAGGCGUUUGAGCACAGCCCUUUCCAUAAGGUGUAGAUUCGCCUUAGAAGCUGAAAUUUCAGAUUUGUUCGUGGGCUGCUUCCACCCUACCUCUGCAGUCUCCUCAAGUAUCUCAGUUGACAUGCUCCAGUCUUCCAGAGAUGAGGCAACAUUCCUGAAAGGAAUCUUGCUGAAGACGCCUAUACUGGAUUGGAGAUGUCUACAGUCACAGAAAACACGCUUGUUCAAGUUGAAUUUGACUACGAGUACACAAGGGAUGCAAGACUCGUCUCUAUUAAGCAAAAUGAGCAAUAUAUUCUUGUCUCAAAAACCAAUGACAGUUGGUGGUAUGUUAAAAAAGAUGACCAAUCCAAACCAUUCUAUGUGCCAGCGCAAUAUGUGAGGGAAGUGUCUACAGGGGAACCAGCCUCUCCUGGGGUCCAGUCCCUGAAUGGAUCUGACUCUCCUGAAAGCCAAAAUAAAGGAGAGGUGAUGGAUACUUCAAAAAAACAGUGUGAUGUUGAGAAAAAUCAGCUGGUUCACCAACAACAAGGGCAGAAUGUCUGCAGUUCAGAUCUGAUCUUGGAGAAAAAGAAGCAGACCAACUCAAGUCCUACCAAAGACAAGGAUCCUUCAUUAAAUCUAGUGGGCAGCAAUAGCCCUCCGACAAUGCAUGGUUCAGCAGAUUCUUCACAGGGUUCUAGUGUGGCACCAGAUUUGCUGCCGUGUUACAGUGAAGUACACAGAGCCAUUACAAACAGUAAAGAAUCCGAUAAUCAAAAUUUCACCUCUGCCAAAGAUUUGACAUGGCAAAGCUCCACAAUCAGGGUUCAGUCCAAGCAGCAAGCCAACCAUACCCAAAGAUUUAGCCUGGUAGGAGGGUUCAGUACAGUACACUUAGCUCCUCAAAGCCUCGAGAGGCUCUAUAUGGGAAAAGACAUCAGCCCUUCAGAAAUGGCCACCCCACCCCGAAGUGCCAGUUUCAGCCAUGUGAUCAGUCCCAAGAGACAAUCUUCUGCAGGAAUUGGUGCCAUGACAUUGGGACGUCCAAUAGCUGCAGAGAAAAAGGACCCUGCAAACUCUAAGUCCUUUCCACAAACAUCAGAUUGUGAUUGCGAAAAUGUUUACGAGUCAAUACCAGACCUCCCGAAGCCGAAGUCCAAAGCACGGAAAGGAAAGGCCAAUGAUUCACCAAAGGAAUUUGAAGAAAAACCUGGGUUAGUGUACCAGAAUGUCACAGAGCUGAGGCAGCAGCUUGCAGAGGAACCGUCAAGUUUCAGCAAUAAUUCAACCAAUCAGCUGGAAGAAUGGGAAAUGCAUACUGACCAAGCAACUGGACAACCCUUCUACUACAACGUGGUGACUGAAGAGACCACCUGGGACUCUCCGUUUGAUAGCUCAGACAAAAAGGAGCCACAAAGCCCACAUUCCCGCACUUCCAGUACAAGCAGUCCCUUUGUGGGAUGGGAAUCGCAUCUCGAUGAAGUUAGUGGUCAGCCCUACUACUACAAUCCUGUAACUGGGGAAACAACGUGGGACCCACCAGAUCAACAGGAGGAAGAAACAACAGAUCUCAUGGACAAUCAGAGGCCUCCCACUCCAGAAGAGGAUUACCCGGAAUUCAUUGAGGGGAGUCCUCCGGGACACUCGGGUCAUCAGCGGCGGCCUUCCCUCUGGUCGCAGGAUGGGUACAGUGAGCCGCAGUCACUAAUAGACUCACCAUUAUACCAACCGAUAGGUCCACAGACUCCCCCAGGCUGGUCCUGCGAGAUGGACCAAGAUGGACAGCUGCUUUAUACCAGUGAAGUUACCCAAGAAAAAUGGAUAAGGCACGUUGACUCCAAUGGCAAGUUUUAUUAUUAUAAUCCAGAAGGAACCAAAUCCGAAUGGGAACUUCCACAGUAUGGAACUCCUUCCAAUCGACUUAGUGGAGGGAAUGGGGUGGACCAAGAAGGAAAUUUUGUUUUCUCAAACUGGCGUCAUGGCAAUACACUGAAACCAGUUCUAUCUGUGCGCUUGGAUACUGAGGAGAAGGCAUCAUUUGCUACUCACAGGCGAAAUGCGUCUGACUUCAGUGCCGAGCUUGCACUUGGGAACCGUGUUGAAAUUCUGCUCCCGCACUCUCAAUCACUGGACAAAGCUGGAAUUCUAAACAAAGCCAAGGUGGCAGAUAAUGGGAAGCGCAUCAGGAAGAACUGGGCAUCCUCAUGGACUGUGCUGCAAGGUGGAAUUCUGACGUUUUAUAAAGAUCCCAAGAAUCAGUCCGCAGGCAGCCUGAAACAAGCAGUUGGCCAAUUUGUACCUGAAUAUACGGUUGAGCUGAAACGAGCAAGUAUCGGAUGGGCAACAAGGGACAAAUCGAGCAAAAAGAACGUGUUAGAGUUGAAAACCCGAAGGGGUUCAGAAUAUCUCAUACAGUAUGAUACAGAGUCUGUCAUCGGGGACUGGUAUAAGAUGAUCAAUGAAAGUAUCCAUCAACAGUUGGACUCAGUCAGCGUAGAUGAAGUUGAUGCUGUUUCCGACUUAGCCGGACCUGAGAAAUACAACAGCAAAGAAAAGGAUGAGAAGAGAAAUCGUAGCACUCACAGGAACUCCGUGGUCAACACUGCUGAUGCUGCAGAUCACAAGAAAGUGAAGACCAAGUUAAAAAAAUUCCUGCUGCGGAGACCAACCCUGCAGAGUGUGAGGGAAAAGGGUUACAUCCAGGAUCAAGUAUUUGGCUGCGUUUUGGAGGAUCUGUGCCAGCGGGAGAACAACACUGUGCCAAACUUUGUGGUGAAGUGCAUUCAAGCUGUGGAGAAACGAGGUUUGGACAUCGAUGGCUUGUACCGAGUCAGUGGGAAUCUGGCUAUCAUACAGAAGCUACGUUUCACAGUCAAUCAUGAUGAAAAUGUGAAGCUGGAGGAAGGCCCAUGGGAUGAUGUCCAUGUUAUCACUGGGGCCCUGAAACUCUUCUUCCGGGAGCUGCCUGAGCCACUUUUCCCAUUCAGCUAUUUUGAGAAUUUCAUUAGCGCAAUGAAACUGGGAGAUCCUGGUCAGCGUUUGACAUAUAUGCAACAGUUAAUCCGCUCACUCCCUGUACCCAACCAUGAUACCAUGCAAGUUCUCUUCAAACACCUGUGCAAUGUGAUAGAAUGUCGCAACCAGAAUCGGAUGAGUUCUCAGAGUAUGGCAAUCGUGUUUGGCCCCACCCUCCUGAAGUCUGAGACAGAGACAGGAAACAUCGCAGUCCAUAUGGUCUACCAAAACCAGAUUGUAGAGUUCAUUCUUAAUCAGUACCAGCACCUUUUCGACGAAAGCCGGGAGUUAGCUGUUAUUAGAUGAGCAACAGGCUGGGGCACUGCAGCCCCACACAGUGACUGGUGUGUAUAUAUGUGUGUAUGCAAGUGCUUACAUAGAAUAAUAAGAGCUAAAGGUGUCUGCAAGCAUUGGACCUAGCAGACAUGGCCUUUUGCGAAAAGAAGGAAGGUUGUUCUUCAGAACAUGGUCUGACUCAACUUGAAGACUAUCAAAGGAGAAGCAUUAUUCAAAGUGGGUCAUAUUUUUAGUGGACGAUGUAUUGGGCUCUGAGGCUUUGUGUGAGUGGGACCUUUCCUUCUGCUGGACAAUUCCGCUUUGCUGCCAUGCAAGUGUUUUUUUUAACUGUUCAGAGAUCCUUGUAUCUGGAUCCAGGAAGAGAUGCCAUGCUUAUUUCAACUUGCUCCUGGAAGCAAUUUUUGCAGGAUAUCUUUGACUGCAGCUUUCACUCUGCAAUUCAUGGUGGCCCUUGGAAUUCUGCCCACCCAGGAGUAAUUUGUGAUGAAUCAGCACACAGCACUUUAAAGUGUGCUUCUUUCUCUGUUAUCCAAAGCAUUUUUAAUUAAGAUCUGACAUCAACAAUAAGAGCAGGAUCCAACCCCCAAGGCA